CUGACAUGGUCCGAAAAAGCGGACGAAUAUUCUAGCACGAUCUGCCCACGGUCGUCGGAGUCUCUUCAAUCCAAGCUCCGACAAGUCAAGGAGCAUAUCAGACAGCGGGGCAAACUUCAGAUGAGGCACCUGCAGAGACGCCGAGGCAUGCUGGCAAAGGCCACUGGGGGACGACAGCAAGCGGCCGUUGUUCCAUCUCGGUCCGCUCACUGUCCUCGCUAUAUCACUACUCGGCAGAUUUACGCCGGCAUGGACGAACUCCCUUCUGCAGAGAACCGCCUGGUGUGCCGGAACAGAUUACCGGUCAACGCAAACGCAGCAUCAAGGCUCCCAGACAAGUCUAAAGGUGCGAAAAAGCCGGGUGUCCACAAUAGGAUCGAUCUUUCACCACAGAACACAAAGAAACCCACCCAAUUCCAGCUCACCCAGAGACCAACCCGCACAAACCUCGUGUGGCACAUAGUCUAUAGUCUAGCUGGCCGUCAGAGACAAGUCAGUUAAGGCCAAUUCAAGCUAGGCAAAGUGAGCAUGGUAUUUACUUCCAUCAGACUACAUAGGCUUACUGUAACGUGGUUGAUGUACUUUUAGUCGGGGUAAUGUAGGUUAGCGGCUGUAAUGGCGGCCCAAUAGAGCGUGUGCUCAGCUUAACUGACUACGUUUCCUUUGUCUAUAGAGCGGUCAUGUUAUAGUCCACCGGAGAUAAGUAUGCACUCCUGAAGCAGCUCCCCAUUUUAAUACCAUCUCGAGG